ACGUUUGUUUACAUUCGUGUUUCGCGUUACAGCUGUGUUGUGUGCCUGAAUGAAUCGGUUUCCCCGAAGUUUAAAAGAUAGCCUGAACGUUAAGUGAGAUUUACCAAAUAUUCAUCAUCUGCCUUGGCUAAACGUUGUAAUGGCAGACCAAGAAACAAACGGGUACAACGAUGAAGCAAGCGACUUCAAGCGUAAAAGCAAUGCCAGCCUUCGUGAGAUCGACCCCGACGAUGACGGUGAAGAAUCUAGCAAGCAAUCGGAAAAGGUGCAAGAAUACAUAAGAAACAUACUGAACGAACGAGUUUCAUUAGAUCGUAAAUAUCCCAUUGCUGAUCGGUUGCUGCAAAUGGAGGUUGAAACUGUACAAAAAAAUGGAAAACCUCCAGCUCGCCGCUACAUUGAUAUUUACCGGGAAAAGCCCAUCAAACUGCAGGUGAAGGUGAUCGUACCGGUAAAGGAACACCCGAAAUUCAACUUCGUCGGUAAACUGCUUGGCCCAAAAGGAAACUCCCUGAAACGUCUGCAGGAAGAUACCAUGUGCAAAAUGGCAAUUCUGGGUCGAGGUUCGAUGAAGGAUCGCAAAAAGGAAGAAGAGCUUCGGUUAACAAUGGACCCCAAAUUUGCCCACCUAAACGAUGAUCUGCACGUCGAAAUUAAUGCACUGGGACCGCCAGCGGAGGCACACGCUCGCAUUGCAUACGCGCUAGCAGAGGUGCGAAAGUUUCUUAUUCCCGACAGUAACGAUUUUAUUCGCCAGGAGCAGAUGCGUGAAAUGUUAGAAGAUCCGGAGUGUGAUUUACCGGUGAAAAAGGCGUACCAAAAAUCGAUUGCACCUCAUACGAAUGUUCACGAUGGUCAACCAUCGUCCGGGAUGAUGUCCAGCACCUCAGUACCUGUCUCAUCACGAUCAUUACCAACUCAGCGGAAGGUUUUUUCGAUUUUAGACAAAGCACGUGCCGCUCUGGAAGACACUCAUUUCCCACGCUCAACUGCGUUAAGAUAUGAAGAACCUUCACGGUACGAGCGUGAACCUUUUGAUUCAUCGUACCAGUACCACCCACAACCACCUCCACCUCGAUCAAAAUAUGAAAGCAAUAACCAUAAUGACGAUUACCGAAGAGAUUACUACCGCAAUUCCAGCUCGUACUCUGAAUCAUUGUCAGUUCCUCCGUCGAAACCGAGCGCCACAUCGAUGAGCGGUCGAUCGUGGAAACCGUCAACAUACAGUGGAAGUUCAACGCGAGAACAAAACGAUCUGAAACAUCACGCUACCCGGGAUCUCCAUUCGUAUCGUCAUACACCGUAUGGACGACAAUCGAAAUAGAAGUACGCGUUAGUUAAUUAAAAGAUUAUUAUUUGCUACUGCCAAGUACGUUUCUGAUAUAGAUGUAGAAGAGAGAGCACACAAAAGCAAGUUAUAAGUUAAUUGCAAUAAUAAAAGCAAGCUCAGUUCUAAAAUGAGCAUUAAAACUACUUUUGUUGCGAUGUCGAUGAUCCGACCACGCAUAUUUGAGCCAUCCGGCUAUAAUAAGCCAAAGAAGGUCCCCCAUGCUGCCUGCUUUUUCUCAGGGUUUUUGUUUCCAAAGCAGUGGAUGGAGAAUUAUUUAUUGAUACAUUAAUUUAGUAAAUGAUUUUCCAACAGAAGCGUGAGGAAGUAAUAUUUCUGAAUUUUGUAUUUUAAAUUGAUCCUACUAUAAAACUGGCAGAUACUUUACGAAUCGUUUGUAAUCAAUCAAUAGUCACUGUUAGCUUCCAACAUUUCCAAUAGCCAUACUGAACUGCUUUUAAACCACGCUGCAAAAUAUAGUAAAAUAAUAUACCAAAAUAAAAAUAGGUACGUAAAUAAAUCAAAAUAAAAAACUAAAUAACUUCAAACAUGGAAACAGGAAAUAAAAUGUAAAAGAAAGAUCAAGCAUAAAUGAAGACAAAAAGUGCAAAAACUAGUGAAAAAAGAGAAUAUUGUUAUAAUAUCGUGAGCAAUAAUCAUAUUAAAAAGCCGUAAACCAUCAAACAACUAUAAAAGCAGUGAAAUUAAAAUCAAGAAAAAAAGAAGAUAUAAUUAAAUGUAACGAAUCACAAAUGCACGUUACAUAAUGAAUAUUACUUACGAGCAGCGUCGCAACAACCCACCGAUCUAUCUUCCCAUAAUAAGAAAAAAAUCCAAAACCUACAAAUUCAUUCCAUUUCAAACAUACAUUAUGCAAGACAUACUAUUUAUAUCCAUACACACAUUCAUAUUUUACUUCAGUUUGUGUGUGUACUUCGUCUAUGCUUAGGCACCCCUUCGCCAUUAUAAUCACCAAACAAUUGUGAUUGAUUGUUCACUCGUGAACGGCAGUAUCUAUCAGAGCUAAUACACCACUACAAUCAAACAUA